AGUGGUUUAUGAGGAGUAUUGUACUUCUGCUCAGCGGUGGACUCUAUAACCCUCGCCGACCUUGAACACUUCUCCCGCACCCUCUUCGACACCCGCUACAUCGAAGCUUUCGUCGGCGGCAACGUCACCGAGCACGAUGCGCGGCGUUCAUGGGACACUUUGCACCGCAUGCUCCCCGGCCAGCCAUGCGCGCCUUCGGAGGUGUCGCGAACAAAAGUGCGCCCGUUCACGAAUACCCGCCCCAUGCUGCAUGAGAUGGCGGUGGAUGUGAAGGGGAACGCGGUGGUGUGGGCGUUGAACGUGGGGAGAAAAAGCUAUGAGUUGCGGGCGGCGCAGGAGUUGUUGGUGAAGUUGGUCAAGGAGCCGUUUUAUACGGAGUUGCGGACUCGGCAGCAGACAGGCUACCUCGUCUCGUCCAGCGGCUUCCAAGCCGCCCACCAACUCUUCCUCCAAGCCGCCAUCCAAUCCAACACCCACGAUCCACGGGACCUCCUCUCCCGCAUCGAGCUCUUCACCGAAACGUUCCUCCGCUCCCUCGCCGACGACGCCGCCACCCUCCAACCCCGCUUCGACUCGAUCAAAGCCGCGCUGUUGGCACGCCUACGGAGCCCGUACGACACCGCGGCGGGGAAGUUGCGGUUUAUGCAGCAUCUGGCGUUUGACGAGAACGAGAUGGAUGGGGAUGAUGACGACGACCAGCCGCAUUUCGAUGCGAUUGAACGACGCAGGAGGGCAUUGGAGGCGUACGAUCUCCCGACGCUGAGGGCGCGGGCGGUGGAGAUGCUGGGGGACGGGAACAAUGGACAUCCGAGACGGGUGGCGGUGCUUGCGACCGGGAAUGGAGAGGAGAAUGUGAAACGGGCGUAUGUGAGGGUGGGGUUGGAGGAGAUGAAGAGGAGGGAGGGAUGAUGGGUGGGCGUUUUUCGGUAGAUGUAGAUUACGACGUGUUGCGAGGGGUGGUGGGAUGUAAGUAGGUUAUAUGUAGAUAUUGGGAUUCACGUAGGGUAUAUAGAUGUUUUGCCCGUUCGACGGGAUGGAGCCGAUGGGUUGUUCUGACUGCAAAUCUCAAACCAUUUGUUUUGUC